AGACGAAGGGAUGUAUAUUAGAAUGUCAGGUCCUAUCGGAGACUAGUACGGAUCCCAAUGAACCGAGGAUGAUUCCUGAUCCGUCAAGACUGCACAAUCAACAAUAUAUUGCAAUGGCUUUUCAUUACGUUAGGACUUACCAGCUAUGUAUUUCCGAGGAAGCUGUAAAUCUGCGUGUCCGUUGGCUACACACAUUGAAGACAUGGUACUGAUAUAUGAUUUUAUAAUCACUGAUUGUCUCGUUUGCAUUCAUGCAAUAUGGCGGCGUGUAAUAGUAUAUAACGUGAAUCAGUGAUUGGUAAUUCGAAGAAGAAGCACUUACUAAGUAAUCUGCACAGAGUUGUAGCAUGAACAUGAAUAUUUAAUCAAAUAAUAUUUUUGAUGAUCGCUAAGAACCAUGCAUUGUUUAAAACAGGGCGUCAUGAAUCGCCAGGUAUGUCGACGAGGGAACUAAAUAUUAUACCUUAGUGUAAUCACUAAAUGAUUCCGGAUCAGCUAUGAUGCUCUAGCAUAGGCAAGAGUGGGAGUCGAAUAUUUUAGCGACAGCUGAGUCCAAUAAGUACUAUAGUUACACAUUAUGUGAGAAUAGCAGGCUUAUAUUGAAACCACUAAGUCUAGGUCUUUGGAGAAAUUAAAAAUGGAUAUUGAUAAUUGCAAGAAAAGUUCGGAAUCAAUAGGCCCUGUGAACGAUGUAACCAUGGACGAAUGUAGUGCCGAGGGGUCGGAGGAGGCAGAUGAGACCCAGCCAUUCUUGGAUUAUAUAGCUGAUAUCGUCCCCGCAGACGAGAAAGAGAUCGUGCUACCAAUAUUUUACGCAGCCCUUAGAUACCCUUCCGCCAAAGGCAAAAGCAGUGUUGGAACGAAGUUUUUAAAAGUAGACUAUAAUGAGUUACAAUAUGAAGAAAACGUCGUUGAACCUGGUGCAGCUGUUUACCAGGAUGAUGUGGAAGAUGCUAUUGUAAAAUAUGAUUGUGCUAGAGAAGAUUUUAACAUUAAAGAUGAUGGUGGGAAGGUUACACAUGAUGAUGGUCAAUUCGAUGAUUCAAUUGCUGUUCUCGGUGCAAACAGAGACCUUGAUCAUAAGGAGACUAAAGAACAUGUUGUUCAUGUAGAAAGUGUUGAACAUGAAGGUGUACAUGACGUUGUUGACAACAGUAUAGAGGAUCAUAGCAAAAUUGAAAAACAAGAAAGUGAAACUGUUGUGGCCGAACUAACAAAUGAUGACCAUCGUAACGAUGAACUUAUUGAAGUUGAACUUCAUGAAGAAAAACACAUUAAUGUUGACCAUCACGAAUGUAAGGUUGAUUAUCAUGAAAAAGAGCCCGGUGCUCGUGAUGUGACAGAUAAACUCGAUCAUGACGAUAAACAUAGCAAGACUAAUAGUCACGUUGAAGAAAAUGAUGAAGAUGAACAAAAUGAGGACGACGAGACCACAUCAUUACUUCAAAACCAGCAGACACCUUGCCAUUCAAAGUCUUACGAGGAAUCGUUUGAGGAGGAGUUAGAAUGUCAACAUGACCCUAAAUUCAUCGACUCGAUUAAUUCCAAACCAAACGCAUACCAACAGAAACAUUCUCCAAACAAUACCACAAAAGUAGCAAACCAUGAAAAACAAUUACUCAAGCAAAAAAGUGCCAAAGAUAUCAGAAUUAGAUGUAACACGUUUAAUAGAACUUGUUAUGAAGCUGAAAAUGACGAUGAUGAAACCCUUAAUGGAACAACUGAAUUUCAAAGUAAAAGCUCUGCUAAAUAUGAUGAUAUAACUGAAGAUUCGAUAGAUAUGUCUCAAUUAUAUGAUGUUUAUAUCCCACUUCUCCCUAGUAUAAGUACAUCUGCAACGCCAGACUUAAACAAGGACUGUAUACUGGAAAUAGUUCCCACUACUACACUUCAACCCAUUAGCCCACCCCAAGAAGUUUAUAAAUGUUCUGAUAUACAACAUCCUAAUAUUGAAGUUGGAACAGAUAGCACUAAAGAACUGCUAAGACAAGAUAGCCUUGCACCAAAUGACCCGAGUGCCCAUGAUGGCUCCUUAAAACCUCAGUCAUCGGUUGACUCCGGUCGGUACAGCGGAGAAAGUGAUAAACCAAGUAGCCCUUCUGAUACACUUGGUUUUUCUAGAAAGUCAAUUGAUCCACUAAGACUCCAAUAUUCAGUGGAGUCUGAGGCUUCUACUGAUGGGACCGAUAAGGCUCAUCUAUUAGUAAACCGGCAAAAGGGUGAAUACAUUAGAGCGAGUAGCGUCGAUGAUAAGCUAAUAAAUAGAACAAGCACUAAUUCAGAACGUGGGCGAGCUGUUCUUCUUCGUUCUUUGUCAGAAGGUGCAAAAACAAAACGAACUAUUAGCCGCACGGUGGUGCCAUCUAACGCUACAACUGCUCAGAAAACACUAAUAAACACAAAUCUAUCAGACGAUGGAAAAACUACUGAUAGAGUUACUAAUAGAGGUCAGGUGGGGAGCGGGAGAAAAUCAACAUAUCUUCCUACAGGUCGGAAAAGCAAUGUCAUAUAUUACCAAAACAGAUUCAUUAUAAUUAAUCCCAAAGCGCUGCCUUCUAAUAAAUUGCCUGGAAUGAGAAAACAAGACUCGAAAUCAUCACAAGAAGAUUCGUACAUUGAUAUCGUUGAAGCGGCCUCUAAUGAAUCAUCUGCACAUGCGUGUAAAUUAGAAGCAGACGACAGUUCAAAUCAUGAAGGCAAAAUAAGUGUUGAAUUGCAACAUAGUGAUAAAAACGAUACCGUUGAUGAAACAUGCGGAGAGGUGACAAGAUUGCUUUCAGAGAAUGAUCAAACUCAAAAUCAGGACACAGACAAUAAUCUGACAAUGGAAAUUCAAAUGGAUGAAACCUCGGUUACCAUGGAUAUGGACCCUCGCCCAGUUGCCUCUCCUAGGGUUGACGUUCGCAACAAAAACAACCCAUCAGUGUUGAAAAAAUUGACUCAUUUUCUUCAUGAUAACCGCUUGCAAAACUCUAAAGAUGCAAAAGCCAAACUGAAAGCUCAAAACGACCAUCAACAGAGGAGUCAUACAAUUUUGAAAAAAGUGCUUAACGUAAUAUUUCUUACAACUGGAGUAUGCCUUUUCCUUGCAGUCAUAAUAGUUAUAAUAUAUACAUCAGUCGUGGACAACAAAUCGACGGCAGAAAAUGGAGCGUUGGCCUCAACACUACAGCCGCUGGGAACACGAACCCUGCAAACAAAACCGAUUGAUUGGUUAGUGACAGCAGGUCAUCACUCCUUCAAUGACGAUGGACCCAUGAACAACUCCAAUGAGCAAGCGAUCAGCAAUGUCGAUGAUGAAACAAAAGAACUCGAAUGCCUUGAAACAGAUGUGCCAACACAACUAAAGUUACGAGAUUUUCUACCCUUUGCAUUCGUUUGA